UAUAUAUAUAUAAAGGAUAUAAGAUUUUGACUGGCACGUCCAUCUCCGAGUUUCUCCAUCGCUAUAUCAUCAUAAGAUCAUGUCUCUUCUGAACCUGGCUCUGCUCUGGUCCCUGUGUGUGAGCCGAGCUGUGUGCAUGGCUGUCAACCAGGACAUGCUGGAGGUGAGGUUCGUGUCCGGAGCGGACUGUACUCUGGACUGCACCGCCAGAGACAAGCCUGGUGUCGACUACAGAGCCCUGAGGUGGUACAAGGUCGGGGAGGCUCCGUCUCGUCUCAGCGGACUUUUGACCAAAGACCUCCCCAAUGGCACAACCAGAUGGUACAACGGCGUGGAGCGGAUGGUGGAGCUGUUGCACGAGUCCCGCAGCAUCUUCCUGCCCAACGUGACCUGUAGUGAUGCUGGCGUGUACAUGUGUCACCUGGCCGCACCUGUGGGGGAGCAGAACAGAGAGGGGCAAGUUCUCCUCACUCUAACAGACUGUGAAGACAGCACCAUAGAAGAGCUGAUCACAGGCACUUACUUGGUUAUUUUGGCUACAGCAGUGCUGAUGGCAGCACUUGUAAUAUUCUUCAUAAGCUAUUGCAGCUUGAAGAACAUCCUCACAGACAGAAAAAAGACAACAAAAAAAGAAACGUUUUUGGAUGCACCACUAAAACCGCUUAAAAAAAAGGACUUGAUGUUGGUCUAUACUUUGGGUCCAAAACCAUCCAAACUGAAUCACGUGUGUGUUUAAACAUCCUGUUGCAGUAGGCGGAACCUCUCCCUGGCAGUUUGCAGGACUGCAACCACAUUUCCACCUGUCCUCAAUUGGCCCUGCUUCUAUUUUAGUUUGUGAAUGUGAAAAUAUUCAGAGGUGAAGCACAUUAAAGGAUGAUGAGAAGCAUGAGUAGGAGGACUGUCACCAUCAGCUUUAUCUGCACAAACACCUGCAGGUUCAUCAGUGGAAAACCAAAGGAUCAUCCCUCCAAUGAGCAAUAAAUCUAUAACCCUGAAGAAACCCAAACAAGAAAAGUCAGGUCACACAGACUUCUAUUUGAUGAUACCCCUGCCAUUAAAACUUCAACUGAGGACAAGGAUCAAUUUGUGGAAAAGGCUUCAGGAGGUGAAAGACAUGCAGACACUGUUCCACAGGACAGUCAGUAGCACCGUCAUGUCAAACAGGGUGGCUGUGCCUCAGCAGACGGGGUAGGCUGAUCAGUGUCGCUGGUCAUCAGUGCCCGAUGACCAGUGACCAUGCGCCACUAAAACCACCAUGGCUCAGAUGCACGGCUGGAUUAACCUGUAAGGGCAAAGAUGAGGUAACACAGGGUGUGGAGACUCCAGAUACAGGUAAUCAAGGUAGACUCAUGUUUUAUUUAACACAGACAGACAAAUUCAUUUUAACAUGAAGUGUUGUUCAGUCUCUACUGUAUACUAUGCCUUUGUUUUUUGUUAUUCAAAACAAUCUGAGCAGUCACAGACUUUACAAGCAUAAACAUAAACUAAAGUCUGCUGAGGAGUCAGUCCUAAUAGUUCUCACUUUUUUAUUCUUUAUAUGUAAUGUGUAAUUGUGAUCUUCCAGUGUUAUUUUGCCAUUAUGUCCAGAUUUUGAUCUUUGUCAUUUAUGAAAAUCAGAUUGUUUCUGUACAUUUGAACAACACAAAUGUAAAUGAAUCUCAUCAUUUGUCAAUGAGCAGUGAGUUUCAGCACCAAAACCUUACCUCUAAUGCUUUGUGCCCUUUCAAAACAGGAAGUGGAAAAACACAUGUUUAGACACCUCCUCAUUGAUAUUUAAUCUGAACUUUAUUUUGACACUGGGGAAAUCCCAGCAAACCACAUCACUGCUGUCCGGGCUUCUUAUAAGAGGAACCAUUCAUUGAAUAUAAUUGGUCCACUGAAAAGUGCAGUGUAUCACAUGUUAUGUGGAAGCAAACAAAGUAGUUGUAGCAGGUCACGUGGCACUAUAUGCUUACUCUGAUGGCGUCUAAUCAAACACUACACUUUACAACUUAAGGGCUACACCAUAUUAUUAUUUUAAUUAUUAUUAUUAUAAUAGAGGAAAACCCAACAAAUCCACCUUGAGCAGUACUUGGCGACAGCAGGGCGGAAAAACUCCUUUUAAUAGAAGAAACCUCCGACAGACCCCGACUCUUGGUGGGCGGCCUUCUGCCUCAACCGGUU